UGGUGGUCACAGCGGAGCCAAGGGGAAAGUGGAGAGUUGACGUAAAAUGUUUAUGUGAAAAGCGUUUUUUAUGAAUGUCAGGCCAUCGCUGGGCAUUGCCACUGUUUUACACAUAACAUCAGGUGCAUCAGUAACACGGUGCUGAUUCUGACAGCUACUCUACUCACAGCCGUCAUCAUCAUCCUUUAGUGUGUGCACUGAACUCAGACGCCCACUCGUCAUUGCAGGUCACCGGUCACUCCUCAGUUUGAUGCGUGGAGACAGGAGGUGGCUGUAAGCUGAUCGCACCGAUGUCAUGGUUAAGUGGACUGAAAAGGAGCGCAGCACGGUCAGAGCUGUUUGGGAAAAAGUGAAUAUCGACGAGGUUGGACCAGACGCUUUGGCGAGAGUUCUGAUCGUCUACCCUUGGACCGAGAGGUAUUUCGGUACAUUUGGAGAUGUCUUCACUGCGACUGCUGUUUUGAAUAGCAAAGUAGAAGCCCACGGAAAGGUGGUGCUGGGCGUGGACAAAGCAGUGAAGAACAUGGACAACAUCAGAAGCGUAUAUGCUGGUCUGAGCCGGCACCACUACGAAAAACUCCAAGUGGACCCCGAUAACUUCAGACUGUUGGCCGACUGCAUCACCAUUGCCAUCGCCUGCAAACUCAAGAGCGUGGACCCUCAGGUCCAAGCCACUUGGCAGAAGUUUCUCUCUGCAGUGGUCGAUGCGAUGAGCAGCCAGUACAACUGAAGAGCCGAGCAAACCCAGAAGGAGAAAAUAAAUAAAUACUUUAUUUAAACAA